AUGGAAGACCAAGAAGGAUUCAACUCGACCACCAGACCAUCAGACGACAACACAAUCUCUUAUCUCAGCUUAACGCCGGUCAAUAAUACGGUGCAUGGACGCGCUAAGGAUUGUCAGGAAGCAUGUACCCUGACUGUCCAACAGGGAGGAGAAAAUCCAAAGACAUCAUGUGACCCAGAAGAACCAGAGCCUAAAGAA